GAGAGAGAGAGAGAGAGAGGGAGAGAGAGAGAGAGAGGUUAUAUAACAGCAGCAGAGGGAGAUGCUGGAGAGCUGAGAGGAGGAGAUCUGCUCUCUUCUCUCCGUUCGGACGGUAACCGGGAGAACAGCGAUCAGACCGGAUCCAUACCGGAUAACGGACCGCUCGGUGGGAGGAUGAGGAUGGAGAGCGCGCCGGUGCACGGGGGCUGAAGGUGAGCUGCAUGAUCCGGUACCGGUUCCGUUAAAUGGUGGAGAGGCUCAGAGAGGCGCUUUAAGAUGGAAGACCGAGGAGCUUUCCCCCCCCGAGGAUCCUCCUGGAGCCGGUGACCACAGCCUCGGAUAUUAAACCCCUCUCCGCUGUGACACAUUUAUUGUUCCACCGCUGCUAUUGGACGAUGAAGGACCAGGACACCGUGUGUACAACGUUACCAGAUGCUGCAGGUCUUUGCUAGAUUAUGAAGCUGUAAGUAGGUUACCCGUCUGAUGGCCUUCCAGUGAGGUGAGAGCCGGUGAACAGGAUGGUGGCGCCCCACUACAGACUGCACUGCCUCUUGAAGCGGGCUCAGAUGUUGCUGCUCUGUCUGGGCAUCGCCUACUUGAUGGCGGGCAGCAUCCUGCUCCUGCAGCGCUCCAGCGUCCGGGUGGCCCAGCCCAACCUCGCCAGCCUGCCACCUCUGCUGUCCCUCGCGGCGCCCCCUACCGCCCUCCGGACCGCGGGCCUGGGCGUGAGGGCGCGUUCAAGAUGGGCCGCAGUUCAGCCCGCAUCCGGAGGGGGAGCCAAGGCGGGGCGACACUGGCCCGCCUCCCAAAGCCUGGGGGUCCAACACCUGCACCGCCGCUGGUUUCACAGUCUGCUGCCGGAGACGCCGGAGCAGAGAGUCUCUCUCCACCGGAGCAGCAGACAUAAAGGAACCUACAUGGGUUGCUUUCUGCACAACGCCAGCGAGCGGGCGCUGGGAGGAACCGUGCUUUAUGACCUGCGCAAAAUGACCAGUUCUCUGUGUCAAGACACCUGCUCAGAAAGUGGGUACCAGUUUGCAGGUCUGGAGUUCGGAGCUGAAUGCCACUGCGGGAACCGGAUCAGCAGCCCACGGGCUCCCGAGGAGGACUGCAGUCUGGUGUGUCGGGGUGAGAGGGGGUCUCCCUGCGGAGGUGUGGGCCGACUCUCCAUCUACAAGGUGGAGGAGCAGCUGCCGGGUCACAGAAAAUUCAGAAAUGUUCACUACCGCGGCUGCUUCAAGUUGCCAAAGAACACCAUCUGCACCUUCCCCGUCUACUCCCUCCAGCCCAACCUCACCACACAGUCCUGCAUCGAGACCUGCACCGAUAAGGAGCUCCCGCUGGCCGUGUUCAAGAAGCCCCACUGUUUCUGUACGUGGACGUCCUCUCUCUUCAGUCUCAGUCAGCAGGCUGACAACCAGCAGUGUGCUGGGAACACUGGGCUGAACCACACCAGCAACUCCACCCCCACAGCUCCCACUGAGCAGGACCACUACCAGGUGUAUCACACACCUGUGCUCGACUCCCGGUGCAAAGAGAGGAUGUUCCUGCCUCAGAGAUCCAGCUCCCUGGUGGCUCUUUCUAGUUUUCCCGGCGCAGGCAACACCUGGGUACGACACCUGAUCGAGCUCGUGACCGGAUACUACACGGGCAGCUUCUACUUCGACGGCACGCUGUACAACAGAGGUUUCAAAGGAGAGAAGGACUACUGGAAGAGCGGCCGCAGCAUCUGCGUAAAGACCCACGAGAGCGGCCAGAAAGAGAUCGAGAUGUUCGACUCUGCCAUCCUGCUGAUCCGGAACCCGUACCGCUCCCUCGUGGCCGAAUUCAACCGCAAGUGUGCCGGACAUCUAGGACACGCCACGGACGCCCAGUGGAAGAGCAGAGAAUGGCCGGAGUUCGUCUCCAGCUACGCCCCGUGGUGGGCGUCCCACGCUCUGAGCUGGCUGACGUUCGGACGCCGUCUGCUGGUGGUGCAUUACGAGGAGCUGCAGAGGGCUCUCCUCCCUCAGAUCCGUCUCAUCACGGCCUUCCUCAACGUCAGCAUGACGGAGGAGAGGCUGCUCUGUGCCCAGAGCAACCAGGACGGACACUUCAAACGCUCGGGGGCCCAGCGGCCCUCCUUUGACCCGUUCACUCCCGACAUGAGACAGAUGAUCGACCCCUUCAUUCUUACUGUUGACCAAGCGCUGCAGAGCAGGAACUUUAGCGGACUCCCAGAGGAAUACCUUCCUAGAUGAUGAUGUGAAAAGCUCACACGUAGUCCUUUAACUGAGCGGUCCAGCAGGGUUUAGUUCUGUGGGGAACAGACACCGUGGACCGCCUGACUCUAUGAUAACCAGACGCACUGUGAAUGGCCGUAGAGUCACACUGGAGGUCACUGGAGGAAACAGGACAAUUCAUUGUGAAGCCCAGCGGUGAACAGCGAUGGAAGCCUCGGGGCCGGGACCACCUCUCUGAGGGACGCCAAUAUGACGAAUACUCAGACAGGAUUUGACCUGUUGGCCUGCUGAGUUGGAUUAUCCAGCAAAGUGCACAAACACCAGCGAGUAAAUCCAGGACAGACUCGUUCUGGUGGAGGACGGUUAUCUGUGGCUCUUUAUCAGUUCACUUUAGUACAUAGAUUGUGUUUUUUAGCAUCCACCCAUGAUAACAACAGUCAUACUAACACAGCUGACAGCCACAGUAUCACCCAGAUUACACUGGACGUCUGAUCAUCUGCUGGUCGCUGCAGGUUUGUGAUCACGGUGGAUAAAAGCCUCAACGCUGCUACGAGUAGCUGGAAGGACUCAGAGAUAUGUUGAUCACAAUGAAACCGCUUUAAACUGUAAACUUUGAUUUCAUUAAAUGCAUUCAGUUCUAAUGAU